CGAAGAUGACCACGAGCUCAGCCAGCGCGGCUGACGCUGAACCACGCCAACAGCAACAGCAACCAGCAAGAUCCAAGGUCAAGGUUAAGGUGAGGCCCAAAGCUUUCGCCCCUGACCACAAGGGGAAGCGUCUUGCUGCGGCCCUGGAUGACGACAGCGGGGCGAGCGCGGCAGGUGCAGCACCACGCCAAUAACAACAGCAGCAACCAGCAAGAUCCAAGACAACCCAGAAGCCGCGUCGCGAGGACCUCGACGACGAGGAACUUCGGCGACUCCUCAAGGACACGUCCUUCCCGAUUUUCUCAUCAUGGAAGCCUCCCACCAAGCGUUAUCGCAAGUGCCACCCCUGUUGCUGCUUUGAGAUUGGAUACAAGAAAGGGUCGCAAGUGAUUGCCGUCUACGCUGGCUUUUCUUGCUCGUUUGCUGUCUACGCAGUGCCGUCACGGUUGCUGAAAAAGUUCGCUCAGCAAGGAUGGAAAGAGCACGGGUAUGAGCUCGUGUUCCGCGCCACGACGAUGGGUACGAACAAGGACGUGAGGCGGUGGGCUAAUCUCCUCCACUCCACUUGCUCAUACGCGGGCAAUGGUAGCAAUCCCCGUGAUGUUCGGCUUCCGGACGGUACCACGCUUGCUGUGCGUGCGAUCACCAAUGCGGUCCCUCGCAAGAACAACACCCACCGACAGGGGCCCUCAUUGUAUCGUGAGGACUUGGAGCAUGACGCAGCCCUGAAGAUGGAUGGUAAAGAGCUCCGCUUCUCUGCCAUGUCACUUCUGUUGCCUGCAAAAGGACUGCGGACCUCCCACCAGUUCUGCCGGGCUGACUUGCCCGACGCACCCGGCUUCUACGAGCUGUUAGUGCUGUUCCCAAACGGCGUCAUCAAGGGUUUUUACUUUGGGUGCACCAAGCACAUUCGCACUCGGCUCCAAGGCGAAUAUGCAGGCAAUGGGUCCCACCUGAAAGAAGUGAUUCACCAUCUGACGAACAAGGGUUGUGGUAUCCUCUGCCGCUUCGCUCUGCUCGAAGACGUGGCAGCUCCUGCUGUUGACACUGAGCUUCUUCGCCAACUCGAAGCCUAUGAGACGCAAGUCCUCUCAGAGAUCAACUACAUCCGCAACAAAUCCAAGAAUGGUCACUUUCGCGAAGGUGACCUCGCCAAGCUCAUUGAGGGCAACUGUCCUUGAGCAUGAGCAACAUGCAUCCUUUCUUAACACGCUUCCUCGCAACUGUUUGCGAGUCUUCCCUAACGACACCUAUUUGCGCUGCAACAUUUUUCAAAAGUCUCGUCUCUCUGUUUGCUCACACGCCAUAAGUGCGGUGGCAUUUUCAAAGUUGUUGAUUGCUUUCGUCCAAGUUGUGUCGUUUGACUUCACUCUACUCUGCCACCUCUUUCCAAGUCAUACUCAUUACCCAAACAACGUGUGUCUGUUGCACCCACCUCCUUGAUCUUACCGUCUGAUAACUUGCCAGCGUAUCACUCUGUACUUUCGUCUUCCACAAACGCAACAAACCAGCAGCACUGCAAAGAGAGAGCAUCGAGGGAAUAGCAAAACAACAACACCCAGG